GUUUUGGCUUGUGACCAAGGAAGAUGGGCACAUGGUUACAGCACGCCAGGAGCCGCGGCUGGUCCUCAUUUCUGUCGGCUGUGAAGAUGGGCACUUGACCUUGGAGGCCCCAGAAAUGAAGAGGAUGUGCGUGCCUGUAAAGCUCCCCAGGAAAAAUCCCGUGCUGAACUGCAGGGUGUUUGGACUAGAUAUCCAGGGCAGGGACUGUGGAGAUCAAGUGGCUCAGUGGAUCACCACUUUCCUGAAUUCAGAGCCAUAUCGACUGGUGCACUUUGAGCCCUCCAUGGUGCCAAGAAAGUCAAAGGACAUCAUAAACCUUUUCCGAACCACAGAUGAG